AUGAAGCGGCAGCUGCCUCGCCGCCAGGGCGGCUGUUGUCGACGUCUACUGCGACUUCGCGAGGAAAACGCCCGGUUCAUACUUCUGGGCGUGGUGCUACUCGUGUACAUGAUCCUGGGUGCCCUGCUCUUCAGGGCCGUCGAGGGACCCUGGGAAGCGGAGGCCCGCGAACGGUACGACCAGGUCCUUCGAGACUUCUGGCUUAAGUACAACGGCACGGUGGACCCCGAAGACGUGGUCAAGCUGCUUGAGGAGCACGGCAACGCCUCGUCUCGGAACUUGCUUCCGAACAAGAGGCCCCGUUGGGACUUUGUGGGGUCCUUCUACUUCGUCGGCACAGUGGUGUCCACGAUUGGCUUCGGCAUGACGACGCCAUGUACGUGGGCAGGCCGCAGUCUGGUGCUGGCUUACGGCUUCCUCGGCUGCUCGGGAGCUAUUCUCUUCUUCAACCUGUUCCUGGAGCGCAUCAUCACGCUACUCGCUUGUCUGCUCAAGGCACUGCACGAGAGGGAGCUGCGAAGGCGAGGGCUGCUCGACAGGAGGGACUCUCAGCUGUCGUUCGAUGACCGGUUGGACGACUGGAAGCCCUCGGUGUAUUGGGUCAUGCUGUGCCUGUUUGUGGCCACUGCGGUGCUUUCCGCCUCAGCGUCGGUGCUCUACGCUCGCACCGAGCAGUGGGACUACCUGGAGUCGUUCUACUUUUGCUUCGUCGCCUUCUCGACGAUUGGCUUCGGGGACCUGGUGCCCGGACAGAAGCUGUCCUUCAGGGUGUCGAGCUGGUACCACGUGGCUAACUUCGUAAUCUUAUCAGCGGGCUGCUGCUGUAUCUACAGCCUCUUCAACGUCACCUCCAUCGUAAUCAAGCAGCUCCUCAAUUGGCUCAUCCGCAGGCUUGACUGUUCCUGCAGAUUCAGGCGCCGGAUGGGCCAGAAACCCACCAGGUAUCGACGAAACGCCCUGACUCCAGCCCAGCUCCGCGUGCAAGCCAAAGCCGCGGCCAAAAGUGGCGUCAAGUCGUCCCGGAGGUCGUCCGGGAAGGUGGCUAAAGACAUAACUGCGGCCGCAGACUCCGACUCGGAUGCUGACUCAACGUAUGACUCGGACAACGAGCGAGGACACACCGGCGAGCUUAUCUGCAUGUCAGACCUCCUCAGGGCCAACAAAGUGUCCCUGGCCAUCAUGCAGAAGCAGCUGUACGAGACGGCAGCAGCGCGGUGGAGCCCCCAUGCUGCUGCCACCCAGGGCUCUUCAAGAUAAGGAUGCAUUCAAGCCCGGCUCGGUCGGUCCCUUUGGCCAUAGUGUCCCAAAAGUUCGGCGAUAGAAAUGUGUGACUACAAGGAAAGAAACACGCUAU